AUGGAGCGGCGUAUUCAGUACCUAGAAUUGGAGGUGGAGGCUCUAAAGAGAUCGGUAGUAUGCGCGGAGAACGAGAAACAACAGACUGCGCUCCUCUUGAAGACUAGGACAGCGGAGCUCCAGGAAGCGCAGGUCUAUCUAAACAAGGUGGACGAUACCUCGGAUAGCGAAGUCGUGCGCUGCGUCGCAGACCUCAACUCGGGUAUUUUCCAAGCCGCGGCCGCCAUAGCAGACGCCUUCCACGUGCUGUGCCGAGGUGACCAGAACGCGGAGUCCAUCGAACAGGCGAGUGUUCGACUCGGCAGUUCUGCGCUAGUCAGCGCGACACUCCUCAAUGCCGUUCGGUCUUUCGAUCACGUCGGAGACUCUAUCGUGAUGCAAACUACGCUGCAGGCACUCAUGGCGACAUAUCUCAAGUGGUUGAGCAGCAGUUGGGAUUUCCAUGUUGCAGCUAGACCUUCACUCCUUGAGCAGAUGUACUCAGAGAUUCGAGAGAAGGAACCGCAAUCAGUUUCCGGAAGAUGGCGAGCUCUGAGCCGGUUACAUGUCAAAGCGUUUCUCGCGGGGGAUGUAGAACGCCAGCAGGUUGGAGAAGGUAUUCUUGCGGAACACGUCACCGAUGUCCUCUUGGCCUGUGGGGUCUUGACGCCUCCUCAGACGCUCCUCUGCAACGUGAAGAGUUCCUUCGCGCCUGCGUUGCACGAGGCCGUGCGCCUUGCUCUACGCCUUCAAAAGACAACCGGGGAGAUGAUCGUCUCCCGUGAUCUCUCCGUGGUUGUCGCGCCAGUCGAUGCGGUAUUCGACCCAGCUCUGAUGGUCGACGAAUGGGCACCUCCGGCGAAGGGGAACUUCUGUCCAAUACAACCCCAUCCUGUCUUGUGUACAACACAGCUUGGCCUCGUACGAGAGGAGCGACGGGAAGGCUGUGAUGGAAACGGAGUGGUUGUCGAGAAGACAGUCCUGAUGAAACCGACAGUCGUCCUCGCCAGCAUGUUAAGCGAGUUGUGGAACGAGCAUAUCAAUACCGUUAUGCCUUGA